AGCACGGAUCGCUUGACCAUACAUGGCACGCAGUAAUAAAACGCAAGAAUUAUAACAAGAUUUAUGUCAAGUUUUCAUUGCAAAAAGCUGGAUUAUCAUGCACUCUUCCCCUGUCUAUAUACGCUGACCCGGUGACCCGGAUCUUCUUCCUCAAUCUCAGUCCAGAAUCUCACAAGGUCAGCUCCUCGGGCCAUCAUCGUCGUCCCUCCUCUUUGUCACCCCCUUCCUCUGCCUAGUAGUAGUAGUGCCAGUACUAGUGGGAGUAGUAUAUAACAAUUCAAUCCCGUCCACCAACCACACCAAGAAUCGCGAGCGCGCGAGCUCGGGAUCCGGCUUCCCUUGAAGUUGCCAUGGAGGCGGCCGCCGAGCUGGCGCAGCGCCUGCGGGCCGCGGCCAACGAGCGGCUGGCGGGGCAGGAGCCGCUCCUCCUCGUCGCCGCGCCGCUGCUCGCGCUCCUCGCCGCGCGCGCCGUCCACGCCGCCGCCGCCGACGUCGCCGACCGCGGCCUCCGCACCGUCCUCAUCACCCUCGCCAUGGCCACCGUCAAGUUGGUGCCGGGGGUGAGCGGGUACAUCGCCGCCGAGAAGAGCAAGGUUGUUGAGCAGUUGCAGUCAGGCAGUGCAUCCGCCAAGAAGAACCUGCGAACCGAGCUGCCCGCCGUCGGGGAUCCCGACGGAGUCAUAGGCGAGCUCCAGGCGCUCAAAGACAAGGAUGUGAGAUGGCAGGGCAAAUGCUCCGGCACUGUUUAUAUCGCUGGGAGCGAGUCUGAAGGCCAUUUUUCACUUAUAAACAAGGCCUACUCUAUGUUUUCACACACAAAUCCACUGCAUCAGGAUGUAUUCAAGAGUGUGGCACAGUUAGAGGCUGAAGUAGUUGCAAUGACAGCUGCUUUGCUUGGCAGCAAAGAAAAAGCGUCUGGUGGACAAAUUUGUGGCAAUAUGACGUCAGGCGGAACUGAAAGCAUAUUGUUGGCCGUCAAAACAUCACGCGAUUAUAUGCAGUCAAAGAAGGGAAUCACAAAGCCUGAAAUGAUUAUUGCUGAAUCAGCUCAUUCUGCCUAUGACAAAGCUGCCCAAUAUUUCAAUAUUAAAGUGCGGCGUGUACCUGUGAAUAAAGAAUUUCUUGCAGAUGUAAAAGGAUUCAAACGGUGCAUAAAUGGAAACACCAUAAUGAUGGUUGGAUCUGCACCAGGAUUUCCCCAUGGUUUAAUUGACCCCAUCGAGGAACUUGGGGAGUUGGCUUCACAAUAUGGCAUUUGCUUGCAUGUUGAUCUAUGCCUUGGUGGCUUUGUAUUGCCUUUCGCCCGUAAGCUUGGGUAUCCAAUUCCUCCUUUUGAUUUUUCUGUCAAAGGUGUUACGUCGAUCUCAACAGAUGUUCAUAAGUAUGGGCUAGCCCCAAAAGGCACCAGUACUGUCCUAUACAGGAAUCAUGAAAUUAGGAAGCACCAAUUUGUUGCUGUGACUGAAUGGACUGGUGGGCUCUAUAUUUCCCCUACUAUGGCUGGAAGCAGGCCAGGUGGACUAGUCGCAGGAGCUUGGGCUGCGAUGAUGUCUCUUGGAUUGAAUGGUUAUUUGGAAAGUACUGGGAAAAUCAUGGAAGUCUCAAAGAAGAUACAAAAAGGAAUUGAUGAUAUCUCAGGUUUAUUUGUGAUUGGGAAGCCAGACAUGACUGUCGUGGCCUUUGGGUCGGACGCGGUCGACAUAUUUGAGGUGAAUGACAUAAUGUCAUCAAACGGAUGGCACCUCAAUGCUCUUCAGAGACCCAACAGUCUGCACAUCUGCGUGACGCUUCAACACACGGCUAUCUAUGAGGAAUUCCUCAAGGACCUCGAGGAUUCCGUGAACACAGUGAAAGCGAAUCCAGGGCCUAUCAGUGGGGGGAUGGCUCCCAUCUAUGGCGCUGCUGGGAAGAUGCCGGACAGAGGCACGGUCAAGGAGUUGCUUGUGGAGUUCAUGGACAGCUCUUGCUAACCAUUGAUUGGUUAUCUCUCUGUAACAUGUAUACGUACAAGCCGCAGUGACAGUGUUGUGUCCUCCAAUAUAGACAUGUAUCUAUGUAUCAGUUACAUUGGUUGCAAUAAAGUUACAUUUUCAGCCUA